AUGACUCAAUUUGUCUGUCCCACUGGGCAAGAAGGGAGAGCCUUUGGCAGGCUUUUAUUUCCAGAAGGGCAAAGAUAUCCGAUGGGAACGAUGAAUCAAACGCUACUUGGCCUUUCUAUUUCCCUUAAUAUUCUUUUCCACUGUUCGUUGCGAACUUCUCCACUUCGCUCCUUGGCAGCCCUUACUCUUGUCGUCGCCGCUUUGAAUCCGACCAGCGUCAUCUCCACCGAGACCAGAAGCAGCGCCCAAUGCGGCGACUGCGGCGACUGCGGCUUGGGCCCUGGCUUCGAGAUCAGGAGUGUAUGUGAUGAGGACGGUGGAGUCCACGAGGAACCAGAAAAUGAUGUCGAGAGUGAGCAUGUGACAGUGGAAACAGACAGUGACCUGAAGAAGAACAAAUGCUCAAAGGCAACAAGGAGGGUAUGUUGGUACGCGGUUCGUGCCGGAGGGGGUGGAGGAGGCAUCAUGCGCCUUGUGUCGCAGAUCGCAUUGGCCACUGGCCACUUUCCGCAGCCUGGUAUCGAGCACAAGAAAACCGGGACACGCUCUCCGACUGUUGACAAAGUCUGGGAUGGAAAAUAUUCUCCAAUAAUCAACCUUGAGGUGUAAGAUGCAGAACGAUAUACCACAUCCCGACCGUGACAAGAAUGCAGAUUAUUUACAGAAGAUGGAGAGGAUGGAGGGUUGAGGGCGGUUAAAUAGACAAUGUGAGAGGUGAAUCAUACCCCGAGCGUUGAGGGAAGAUAAAUGCAAUCAGGACUACGUAUGCAGGCUCAGGUCGGUGAAUAAUACCAGUCCCAACUUGAAUACAUCAUCCAUCCAUAAAAAAAAACAGUAUUCAUCAAGUCAUAUCAUUCAAUCCCACAUCCAUGAAACCCAGUCAGCCAGCCCCAGGCCCAGCUUCAACCGCAAGCCCCAUAUAUGCAAUGCAAUGCAAAAUCGAAAAAAAAAAAAAAAAAAAAAAACACCCACCCUUGAAAGCAUCAUCGCACAGCGAGCUUCCAUGUCACUCCAUUCCCGAAACGCCUUAACCGAGCCCAAACCUUAACCGGAACCAAAGAAA